UAAAGAAUAUGACGAAUAAAUGACAAGGAAACAUUUUUCUAGUGUUAAUUAGAAACUAUCGGAGUAUACAAAUUCCAUUCAACGAAUUUCUGUUUAGCUGGACCUACAUUUUCUUGAUUUAAGUAUUCCUAACUGAGGUGCGACGUUUUACGAUGUCUACCGCUAAGAAAUUUGAAGUUUUAUUUGUUUUGGGUGGUCCUGGCGCAGGUAAAGGUACCUUGUGCAGGUACAUCACCGAAAAGUAUGGUUAUGUGCAUUUAUCAGCUGGCGAUCUAUUAAGAGAAGAACAAACGAAUUUGGACUCGCAGUAUGGGGAACUCAUUAAUCGGCAUAUUAAGGAAGGAACGAUCGUACGUGUUGAAAUUACUUGCAGCCUCUUGGAUAGAGCAAUGCAAAUGUCAGAUAACCCGCAUAAGAGGUUUCUGAUCGAUGGUUUUCCACGAAACCAGGAUAAUAUCGAUGGUUGGAAUAAGGUAAUGUCUGAGAAAUGUAUAGUAAAAGGUGUGUUAUUCUGUGACUGUAGUAAGGAAGUAUGUACAGAACGGUGCUUAAACCGUGGAGCUGCAGGAAGUGGUAGAACUGAUGACAAUGAGGAAGUUUUAGCGAAAAGACAUGAAACAUAUAUCACCAGCACCUUACCUAUAAUUGAACAUUUUGAAAAGCAGGGUGCAGUGUACAAAGUAAACAGUAUGCAGGCACCAGACAAAGUAUUCGAAGAGGCUAAAGAAAUUUUAACUGAGAUAGGAUGGUGAUAAAUUUAUAGAAAAACAAAAUUAUCUCAAGGAGAUCAAAUUAU